ACAGGUAGGGGAGGUUUAAUUUCCGUGUGCUUUACUUAUACUACAACAAAGACAUUGAGAGACACAUUACAUCAGGACCAGAGAGCAUGAAAAUGAAUUUGUGGAAAGGCGUGUGUGUUUUAUGUGGUCUACUCCUCAAUUCUACAGGAUCAUUCGCCCAAACAGAUGGGUGUGGUCAGGCUCCACUUAACACCAAGAUUGUGGGUGGUCAAGAUGCUGUUUCUGGGUCCUGGCCUUGGCAGGUCAGCCUUCAAACAGGUGGCAGCCAUUUCUGUGGUGGCAGCUUGAUCAAUAAGAACUGGGUCUUAUCAGCUGCUCAUUGUUUCAAAAGUGUUUCUGCAGGUUCUUUCACACUCGUACUGGGAAUGCAAAAUUUGGAUGGAAGUAAUCCCAAUAUGCAGACAAAAAGCGUGACUAAAAUUUUCAUGAACCAGCAGUAUGACGCAAACACCAAUGACAAUGAUAUUGCACUAAUCCAGCUCUCCAGUCCAGUGACGAUCAAUGAUUAUGUCAGGCCGGUGUGCCUCGCAACAAGCAGCAGUUCUUUACCUGCUGGUACUAAUGUCUGGGUCACAGGAUUUGGUCAAAUCUCUUCAGGUGUGAAUCUGCCAUCUCCUCAAACCCUGCAGGAGGUGCAGCUGCCAAUUGUCAGUAACAGUGACUGUGCAAAUACCUAUGGAGCUGGUUCUAUCACAGACAAUAUGUUGUGUGCUGGCUUAACUCAGGGAGGAAAAGACUCAUGCCAGGGUGAUUCAGGAGGUCCACUGGUGUCUACAUCCAGUGGAAAAUGGACUCAGGCUGGGAUUGUGAGCUUUGGCAAGGGCUGCGGUUUGCCUAAUUUUCCGGGUGUGUACACCAGAGUGUCUCAGUACCAAGACUGGAUUAACAGCACCAUCAACAGCACCAGCAGCACCAGUGGCUCCACUAUACAUCUUUCUUUCUCCAUCAUCUCCUUUCUCCUCUUGCUCUAUAUCUUCCUUUGAUAGUAGCCAAAUUAAACAGGACAAGACAAGACACAUUUUAAUUGUGAAAUGUGAAACAAGUGAAAAAGAAUUGGCAAUUUAAGCAUUGGUUUCUCUGUCUUUUGGCAUAAUUAUAACAAAUAAUGCAUUAAUUGCAUAAAAAGCAACUUUUCCCCUUUUAUUUGUAAACUGUAUGAUUAUAAGUUUUCUUUAUUAUUGUAGAUCCAAUGAAUAUGAACCUUGUCAUUUUGUUGGGUUCUGUACUAUAAUAGAUCUAUUACAUAGACAGAUGCAUCUGUGGAUAUAGAUACAUAUACUGUUAUAAAUGCUUCUAUAUAUAAAUACAUGUGCAUGUACAUGUACAUGUUCUACUGUUUUAUACAAUAAAAAACUUUUUUACGGCUUCUCCCAUUAGGGGUCGCCACAGCGG